AUGUUGAGGCGCUUCGGUUUUAGCCGAGCAACAAGUCUAGAGGCCAUACUUGCGAAACCAAAUGCGAGACUGGAGGAGUUGCUUGACAAUGAGGAUCUAUUACAAGAAGUGCAUCUACAAAAUACAAAGCUCAUCACCUUCCUACGACAACCGGCCAUAUUGUCUCAACUCGUCAAUUACAUUGUAAGCGAGCGGAUAACAUCAUCAUCUUCAUCAUCGUCAUCAUCAUCGUCACCUGGACAACAACAAGCACCAGCAUCAGUACAGAAGAAGCUUAAUGUCAAUGGUGAUAUCAAUUCAACUUACAUGGCACUCUCAUGCGAGAUUCUCGGUGCAGGCGUACCAGCACUUAUGGAUGGAUUGGUGUAUGCACAUCCCGAAUUGUUGACAAUGCUUUGGGCGUUACUGGAUCAGCAGCAUCAACUUGCACCACGGCAACUCGCUGGCUUUUGCAAAGUCAAUGCCGUUCUCCUACAACGACGUACGAGCGAUCUGGUUCAUUUCAUCCAAACACACAAUGACAUCGUUGCAAAAUGGUUACAUCACAUUUUCAUUCAUGGCGGUGGUGGUAUGCCGUACUUAUCGGAUUUGCUUGCUGCGCUUAUACAAUGCGAAGGAUCUCCAGAGGGCGCUGGUAUCGCUCAGUGGUUGGCGGAUCAUGGCUUAUUGACCUUGCUUGUGGAUCGUUUGCAGCCUCAAUUGGAUCCUGUGAACCAUGAAAUUGCUCAACAGCUUUUAUGCGACAUCAUCUACCUGUCACCAUCUCCUCAAACACGCAAUCCGCUUAUUGACGAGCUUACAAGCUCUGUGACGAUGAAGCGCAUGGCGAACUAUAUGCUUGAUUCAUCCGCUGAUAAUGCAUCAAGCUCUCUGCAAUGUUGUACAACCAUCAUACGAGGUCUAAGGCAGUAUAGCGAAAGAGUCCUUCCUGAUCUAUUGCAGAACCCGGAAAAGCUGCUAUCACAUUCAUCGAUGUUUCACCCUAUGCUCGACACAUUUAUCAAUCACAUGGAAGGUCUCAUGCUCGUGCUGAAGAUAGAGCCAAAGGAACCCAUGGUUUUCGGUUUGAAGCGAUUAGCUGUAUGCGAAUUACUUGUCGAGUUGUUAUACUUUAUCAGCAUCGUUAAUGGUGACAAAGGGCUCGAUCUGCUGCAACGAUUCGGUGAUGCCAUGGUUGAGCAGCACGCUAUACCCAAAUGCUUGGAUCUAUUCUUUGCAUUUCCUUACAACAACGUGCUGCACAAUUCCGUGUAUGGCAUGCUACGAGAGAUCCUGACGUGUGAGUCACGUGUACCAAGAGAGGGUCCUGGUCCAGAUCUGGUGAAAGAGGUAUUGGAGACCGGUCGACUUGUGGAAAGGAUAUUGAAGGCACAGGAGAAAAAUGAUGAGAGCGUAAAGAAGCGAGGUCGAUUGGGGUAUAUGGGACAUUUGGCAUUGAUGUCGAAUGAUGUACAAUACGUGUUACAAGAACGAGAUCCCAAGCUCCCUGAACAACUUUUUGUGGAUACGCCUGGUCUUGCCGACCGCUGGUCACAGCACAUGGAUCAGCUACACGAACAAUCCAUCAACCAAAUGACAUACCAAGGAGAAACUGUGUUUUGGAGUGGAAGAUACCAAUUUACAACUACCCUGGACGAUACUACUACGACCAGGAUUUAUGAUACAACAGAUACUUAA